AGGUGGUGUAAGCAAUUUAUUAUUUCUAGUGGAAUUACCAGAAAAUAUGGCACCAGAGGGAAAAGAACCAAUUCGUUCACUUUUGCGCAUACAUUAUUCCGAUGAUGUUGAUCAUCUUCUUAGUGAAGCAGUCGUUUUUACAAUGCUUUCUGAAAGAAUGCUUGGACCACGAUUGUUUGCCGUUUUUCCAUCCGGUCGAUUCGAACAGUAUAUUCCAUCACGUCCAUUAACUUGCGAUGAAUUUCAAUAUUCAGGCAUUAACAAACAUUUGGGAAAGGUGUUUGCUCGAAUUCAUACACUUAAUGUACCUAUUGCCAAAAAACCAAUGAUUGUUGAAGUAGCUGAAAGAUGGCUUGAAAAAUUGGGCAACAAAAUACGCCACAAAAUGAGGUUUAAAAGCAAAUCAUUGGUGCAAGCAAAUCGUUCAAAGCUUGUAACAUAUGCAGUUUUGAAAAACGAAUUAGAAAUCGUACAACUAUGUUUGGAGAAAAGCGGAAGUCCAAUUGUAUUCUGUCACAACGAUCUCCAGGAAGGUAAUUUACUACUGCACAAUCGAUAUACCAUUAAUGAGAACGGUGGUUUUGAUAUUGACGAAAAUGAAGAUCCAAUUUCGCCGAUCGAUUUUGAAUAUGCUAGCUAUAAUUACCGAGGAUUUGAAUUUGGUAACUACAUUUGUGAAUAUAUGUUGGAUUAUAGAAAUGAAAAGCCACCAUUUUAUUGGAUAAAACGAGGACGAACACCAUCUGACGAACAGCUUCAGUGUCUUUUCAACUCAUAUCUAGAUGAAAUUGAUAGGCAAAAUCAAAAUGGUGACAAUUACUAUCCAGUUAAGAAUUUAUCCUUGAAUCGUGAAGCUGAAAUUCAGAAACUAUUUCUUGAAGCACGUCGUUUUCCUGCCGUAUCUCACCUGUUUUGGUCCAUUUGGUCAUUUUUCUCAGCUAAUGAAGCGCUACCUAUUUCAUUUGAUUACAUCAGUUAUGGCUUGGAUCGAAUUGCGCUAUAUUACGAAUGCAAACCUCAACUUCUUGAAUAUCUCAAUUCAUAG